GGGACCGGCGGCGGCCCGGGGGGAACGAUGAAGCGGCAGAAUGUGCGCACGCUGGCGCUCAUCGUGUGCACCUUCACCUACCUGCUGGUGGGCGCCGCGGUCUUCGACGCGCUGGAAUCCGAGCCCGAGAUGAUCGAGCGGGAGCGGCUGGAGCUGCGGCAGCAGGAGCUGCGGGCGCGCUACAACCUCAGCGACGGCGGCUACGAGGAGCUCGAGCGCGUCGUGCUGCGCCUCAAGCCUCACAAGGCCGGCGUGCAGUGGCGCUUCGCCGGCUCCUUCUACUUCGCCAUCACCGUCAUCACCACCAUCGGCUAUGGCCACGCAGCGCCCAGCACGGAUGGCGGCAAGGUGUUCUGCAUGUUCUACGCGCUGCUGGGCAUCCCGCUCACACUCGUCAUGUUCCAGAGYCUGGGCGAGCGCAUCAACACCUUCGUGAGGUACCUGCUGCACCGUGCCAAGAAGGGGCUGGGCAUGCGGCACGCCGAUGUGUCCAUGGCUAACAUGGUGCUCAUCGGCUUCUUCUCGUGCAUCAGCACGCUGUGCAUCGGCGCCGCCGCCUUCUCCUACUACGAGCACUGGACCUUCUUCCAGGCCUACUACUACUGCUUCAUCACGCUCACCACCAUCGGCUUCGGCGACUACGUGGCUCUGCAGAAGGACCAGGCGCUGCAAACGCAGCCGCAGUACGUGGCCUUCAGCUUCGUCUACAUCCUCACGGGCCUCACGGUCAUCGGCGCCUUCCUCAAUCUYGUGGUGCUGCGCUUCAUGACCAUGAACGCCGAGGACGAGAAGCGCGACGCCGAGCACCGCGCGCUGCUCACGCACAAUGGGCAGACGGGCAGCGGACUGGGCGGCCUCAGCUGCCUGGGCGGUGGCACCGGUGGCGGCGGCGACAGCGCGCACACCACGGACACCGCCUCGUCCACGGCGGCCCCCGGGGGCAGCGGCUUCCGCAACGUGUACGCCGAGGUGCUGCACUUCCAGUCCAUGUGCUCGUGCCUCUGGUACAAGAGCCGCGAGAAGCUGCAGUACUCCAUCCCCAUGAUCAUCCCGCGGGACCUGUCCACGUCCGACACGUGCGUGGAGCACAGCCACUCCUCGCCCGGAGUGGGCGGCCGCUACAGCGACACCCACUCGCACCGCUGCCUCUGCAGCGGGACGCAGCGCUCCGCCAUCAGCUCGGUGUCCACGGGCCUUCACAGCCUGUCCACCUUCCGCAGCCUCAUGAAGCGCAGGAGCUCCGUAUGAACCCCCGCGCGGGGCGUGGACCACCUGCCAGUGGGGGCCGGGGCUCCUGACCCGAAGAGCAACGGGGGAGGGGGGUCGGCCAGGAGCACCCCCACCAGCCGCCUUCGGUCCUUGGGAUGCCCCCAGUCCCCCACCACCACUGUCCCCCACCUCCCCAACUCCAACUGUGCCUGCUCGCACCAGCCGGCAGGAGACCGGGCUCUGAGGACUCCUGGAGCCCCCAUCCGAGCCCAGCAUAUUCCAAGAAAUGUGAAACUUGGGGGGUCUUAGAGGGAAGGCAGAAGCUAGGAGGGAGCCUCCCAACCCUUUUGGAAAUCUAAGAAGCUCCCCAGUCCUCAGAGGCCCUGCUGGUACCCAGACCCCCACCUCCCCAGGGGACUUAGUGUUCCACGUUGGUUUGCAUCUCUCUAUUUAUACCUCUGUCCUGCCGGGUCUCCCACCUUCCCUUGGCUUCAAAAGCCAGGGUGUCUUUGUCCAGGUCACCCCCACUCAGUCCCACCCCUCACCCCCUCAUCCCCAGCUGUGUGUCCCGGCCUCUCACUACCUUCUGUGUUGUUUUGCAUGGCUUCACCUUAUGGAGAAAGUGGAAACCUCAGCAGCCCCUAAAGCUAGCCCCCAGAGGGCAGGACAGAAAGAAAGAAUAGGCAGGUGGCAGGAGGGGGAGAGGGGAGCARGGGAGGAAAGGCUCUAGGGCUUUGGGCUGCAGGGCAGUGGCUCGGGUGGGUAGACCUAGUGGCCUCUAGUGCAUUAUCUGGGGGGAGGGGAGGACUCCAGCCUUCCACACACUGCCCUUGAAAUCCAGAACAGAACACCAACUGGCCACCCCUGGCUGCUACUGCUACUCAUUACCAACUCUUAAAUUUGUGGAGUGGGUUUUUAGCUUCCCCAAACCCCAUCUCGUCUAUUCAUUCAUUUGAGUCUCACAAAACUCCAAAUAGUUCACCAGGGCUGGAAUUCUUGUCUCURUUUCAUAGACGAGGACACAGGUGAAGUGUCCUGCCCAAGGUGACACAGAGAGCAAAAGGCAAAGGGGAACGAGAACCCUCUUGCCUGUCAUAGCCUGAGUGAUGUUCCUUCCAGCUUAGAAGCAAGGUUCCUGCCCCACACAUGCAGCAUCCUGUGGGCGGCCGAGGCUUAAACCASAACCACAAGCCCCGGACAGGGACCUUGCUGAUGCGCAGCUUCUGCUACUCCUGUCCCAAGACAGGGACUCUGAAGGGGCCCUUGUCUCUGGGCUACCUGCUUACAAGCAGGAAAGUCCUUGGGACCAAGGUAAGCAGUCAAGGUCAGGAACUGCAGCUCUGGGCAGUUGGAAAUUGGGCAGAGAGGCAAAGACAGCCUGUCUUUGCUGUCCUACUGGGACAUYGUCCCUAGCCCCGCAGCAGCCAUUGUGGGUACCUGUGUCCCAAGUAGCUACAGAUAAGCUAUGGCCAAAAUCAUGAAUACUCCUCCGAGCAGGAGGCUUAGACCUCUGUGCCCUCUGCCUGCCCCACCUGCAACUCAGAGGCUCAGGUGGAGUGUGGUGGGUGGGGGCAUGCCCUCUACUCUCCCCACAGCUAGAGCUGGUAGAGUAGCUGGGACAGCAUCAAGCUGGAGGUGAGGGACCUCUCCUUCCACAGAUCGGCCUUCCCAUGCUGCUCCAGGGUCAGCUCCUCAACUCUGCUGAGCAAGGUCAGCCCUGGCAUUCAGUGAAGCUGGAGAGAGGGGCCUGAAGUAUGGUCAGCCUCAAGCUCCACCUCAGCAAUGUCCUCUAGGCCCUGGGAACCCCAAGAGGGAAGAAGUCCGGCCUGUCUGUGAUCCCAUCUCAGUGUAGAAGACCUGGCCCUGGUGCCAAGUGGGGUGGGGCCCAAGGCCUAGAAGAGUGCCCUCUGUUUUUAUGUUGGGGGUGGAGGACAGUGCUAGCUGCCUCUGUCCUCUGUGUGACCCUGCCCUCGAGGGGUCAAGUCCCGUCAGACCCGAGGGAACCACAACCAAAGUUGCAGAGAGAUGGUGGARAAAGAGGCAGAAGACCCUGGGGCAGAGCACAGCAGCCUGCUGGUCUCCAACUGGGUCUUUCCUUUCCAGGGAACUGGAAGGCCAAUGUCACUUCCCCGUCUCACCCAACACACACCGCAGGCAGUCUUUCUGCUUCCCCAAUGCCUUAUGCCUGGGCACACUGCCACAGAAUAUGCAAUAUGUGUGGGUGACAUGUCCCCACACCCACACCCCACCCGGGCAGCCCUGAAUACCCCAGGCUGUGGCUGCCAGGCCUCCCCUUGGCUCCCCUGCCUAUCUGUCUUCACACUGAGAAU